GCAGCCCUCGACCUCCAAGAUGCCUAUUUCCAUAUAACCAUCCACCCCUCCCACAGAUGCUACCUACGCUUUGCGCUCGGUCCAGACCACUUCCAAUACAACGUUCUUUCCUUCGGCCUCUCAUCAGCUCCGAGGGUGUUCUCGAAAGUACUAGCUGUUGUAGCUGCGUACCUCAGACAGCAGAACGUUAUCAUAUUCCCCUACCUGGAUGACUGCCUUCCAAAGGGAUCCUCAUACGCCGAAACCACCUCUAUGAUUCAUACGACCAUGGCCCUCCUCAAUCGUCUAGGCCUCCUGAUCAACAAAGACAAAUCAACGCUGCACCCGGUCCAAGAUAUAGAGUUCAUUGGUGCACGACUGGACUCCGUUACAGCCCGAGCAUACCUACCUAGGCAACGUUUCGCAACUAUACAGGAAAUUAUAACCGGGAUGCUCACAAUGCCUACUACCACAGUACUUACAUGCCUCCGACUAAUGGGACACAUGCCUUCCACCACCUACAUAGUCCACCAUGCUCGCCUACACUUUCGAUGCUUUCAGCUCUGGGUGGCAACCGUUUACAUCCCAUCACGACACCCUCGAAGCAAGAGAAUUACUAUCCCACCAAACGUGCUUGCAUCCCUACCAUGUUGGACCAUGCCAAACAAUCUUCUGGCAGGGGUUCCAUUCCAACAAACCGAACCCACUAUCCAAAUUACCACGGAUGCCUCCCUCCUCGGCUGGGGUGCACAUAUGGAUAGCUGCGAAAUUCAGGGCAAGUGGUCCCCAAACGAGACACUCUUGAACAUCAACAUUCUCGAAAUAAGAGCAGUAAAGAAUGCUUGCGCACACUUUGCUUCCGACAUCGCCAAUCAUACAGUUCGCAUCCUAACAGACGAUAUUUGCACGAUGUUCUACCUAAACCGACAGGGCGGAGCCCGCUCCCUAUGCGCGGAAGCUAUUCGCCUUUGGAACUCGUGCAUCCGCAACCAGGUCACCCUCAUAGCAUCCUAUCUGCCAGGGGUGAACAAUACCAGAGAGGACUCCCUCAGUUGAAACUUCACCUUAGACCAUGAAUGGGAAUUACAUACAGAGGUCCUAAACUCAGUUUUCCACCAGUGGGCACGGCCAUCUAUAGACCUCUUCGCUUCGGCCCAGAAUUCCAAAUGUCCCCAAUUCCGCUCACGUGCGGGACUUGGCAAGCAUUCUCUGGGGGAUGCCUUCCUAAUCAAAUGGGCAGCCCCCCUACAUUACGCCUUCCCCCCCCCCAUACCUCUCAUCCCAAGAGUCCUACGCAAAAUCCUGUGAGACAAUGCCCUAGUCAUCCUGAUUGCCCCAUCAUGGUCUCGCCAAACCUGGUACCCAUACCUUCACAAGCUAGCGGUCCAACCUCUAUUAUGGAUCUUAAAACAUCAGGACUGUCAAUUUCCUCUCUGAGUACAUCUCUCUGCAAUAGCAGCAUUUCAUACCUCAGUGGACGGCUUCUCCAUUUUUAACCAUCCUAUCACGAAGAGGUUCCUCAAAGGACUCCAAAAUGUGUACCCACCAUACAAGGCCUCACCCUCCCCUUGUGGGACCUAAAUCUUGUUUUGGACUACCUGACCAGACCUCCCUUUGAACUGUUGGCAACAAUACCACUUCACUUCCUUUUUAUGGAAGUCUGCUUCCUCUUAGCCAUCACCUCAGUCAGAAAGGUGAGUGAACUUGCAGCACUAAUGUUGGAACCCCCUUACACAGUUUUCACAAAGGAUACGGUCAUACUUAGACCCCACCCGACGUUCCUGCCUAAGGUCUGUACGGAAUUUCACGUCAACAAACCGAUCGUAUUACCUACCCUUUUCCCGAAACCACACUCUUCACAGAGAGAUGUCACCCUGCAUACUCUGGACAUCCGGAGGGCUCUGGCCUUCUUCCUAGAAAGAACAAAACCAUUUCGUA